AUGUCAGCCCUUUCACGAAGACUGUCAGCUAAUACCUCUCCCCCAAGAACAGCAGACACACACAGCUUGAGGGUAGAACAGGAACUAGUUUUUAUUAGACACACCCAGGUAUUUGUAUACAAGUAAACUCAUUAGUAAACACACAAAGGUUUGGAACAGCAACCAAUCAAACUGGGGCCUAAACAAACCGCCAAUCACACUAAGCCCAUUAAUAACCAAUAGGACACACCAUCAGAGAACACCUACUUUGCAUGCACAGGAAAGCAUUAUGCUUUAGGUAAAGGGAUUAACACACUGUCAAUAAUAGGUGUCUCAGCUCCCUGAUUCACAAAGGGAGAGUCCCAACCCCCACCCACGUGGUCACACAGUCUCUGGUUCAGCACCAUCUUGUCUGUCCAUGUUGUUGCUAGGUCGAAGUCUGUGCAGUCUAAAUGGCCCCUCCCCACCAGCACCCACCUAAACAAAGGAGCCCUUGAUGCCCAAGUGACGGCGUACCAGCGUUCCGUCACAUCCACCAAACCACAAAAAUGAAUAUUGUACCAAACACUGCAUUGCAAGUGAUGCAAUAGUAGGAGAAAUGGAUAUAUACAGAGAAGGUCUCCUGGCGUUCAGACCCCUAUAUAUCUCAGACAACGUUUGUAGAGCCAUCUCUCAUGUGGACCUACAGUGAUAAAGGGAUUAUAACAGGUUAUUUGUACAGGGCAGUUAUGAGCAAAGUUUUAAAAGUGGAGCAAUCACUAUGGAAACCAAUGUCUGAUUGCUGGACUUUGCUCCUUAUAAACAUUCUAUAUCUGCGGUUUUACCAGAGACCAUUAUUUUACAAUGUAUUCAGGCAGAGAAUCCCCCAGUGGGAACUUCCCCCAUGUCCCCUGACUUUCCCGUGCUUUGUGUUACAAUGUCCCAAAUCCAGCCAGUGCUUGGAUAAACCACAAGUAGGUGAUAAGACAGAGUAAGAAGAUUUCAUGGGAUAUCAAUGGGCAGGAGAUUGUGAUGGAACUCUGUAAUUCUGCACCCAGAUGGCACAUAGACAAACGAAACCCAUUAAGGGACAUGUUAGUAAAACCAUUUAUAUCACGACAAUCAGAAUUAGAUAUGGGUCAUUAUGGGGUUAAUGUUUGCAUAUUAUUCCGAUACGAUAGAUAGAAAAUUAUUCUGAUACCAUAGCUUAUUAUUCCAAUAUGAUAAAUAGCAUAUUAUUACGAUUUAAUACAUAGCAUAUUAGUUCCACAAUUCUGUAAAAGAUUUGGCCAAACACAGCAUUGAAAUCUAUGUUACAGCGCCCUCUAGUGAUCCAGCUGCAGACUACGCAAAUCCUGAAUUUAAGUACCUAAUUAUUAUUUUUUCCUACCCAGGUCUGUGCUAUGUACUUGGAGUGUUAGCCCAGACAGAGAUUACGCGUGUAGCUGAGGAGAACGUGACGCUCCCCUGUCAGCAUCGCCUGGGCUUACUUGGGGAACAGAGCUUGGAUAUUGAAUGGCUGUUAAACCAUUCAGAGCAGAGAAAGUCCGUGGUAAGUUUUCACAAUCAGAUAAUGUUCUCACAAUAUGUAAAUCAGGGAUCCUCAGCCGUAAGCGUGGUAAAGCUUCAUGGGAGUCGAAGUCAUGCAAUAGCUGGGGAUCUAAUUUGUCCACCCGCAUCACCCCCACAAGUGUAUAUAUAUUCAUCGAUUUAAUAUUUUUAUACAAGCUUUUCAAAUGAUUUCAUAUUUUUGCAUAAACUUUAGAAAUAUUUUUUUUCUAAAUGUUAAUAUAAAAAAUAUAUAAAAAAUACAUUUUUAAAAAAUAUCAUAAUAUUAGUAAAUUAAAAUAUUUUUCAUAAUAUUGAAUAAUUUUAAAGAGUUUGUCCAAGAUUAUUAAAUCAUUUGAAAUGCUUAUCCAACAUUAAUAACUUGAGGCCAUAAUGGGUAGAUUCCCAGCUGGCGUACUACAUAACCAUAGAUCUGCAAAGCAUCAUGGGAGAUAUGUCUCAUUUUGCCAAAGGAUCAUGGGAAAAGCGAAGCUAUUUACAUGGAAUGCCUUGGCUUUGCCUUUUUAGAAAGCAUUUAUGUUUAGUGUAGUGAUUAAAAAUCUGUCUGUUUAUCUGUCUGUCUGCGUCUUUGUAAACCAUGAGCUUGUGCAUGAUUUGUUUGUAAUCACUACCUUUGCAGCUAAUCAGUUACAGCGCUGGGAGAAUCUACGAAGGAGAGAAUGCGCGCGGACGUUAUAGCUUUGCCUCCAAUUUCCUUGCCGGAGAUGCUGCAAUACUUAUCACAUCUUUGCAACCCAGUGAUGCGGGACAGUACAUCUGCAAGGUGAAGAACGCUGGGCAAUAUGAAUGGAAUCACAUUAGAUUAAAGGUUUUAGGUGAGUAAAUAUUCUGCAGUGAUUUGUCGUUAUACAUUCCAUAAAAACAAGAAAAAAACAUCAAUUCGAACGAUUGAGUGAUUACCGGGGCAGAUGUAAGGUGCGAUGGUUGGGUUGGGCUGGUUAGGCUACAACAAAAUCUGCUAAUCUAGAUUUUCUGUACAGACCUGAGGAGCUCUGAGUUGUCGUUGUUUUUGAGUGCACAACACAGCCUCAAAGCAACUCCAGUAAUAUGCCUUUAAACUACAGUUUAGACACAUUUGGGUUCCUUUCGUGACAAUUCAUGGAACAUUUAUCAGUGAAAUUCCGUUUUAGCUUUUCCUGAUUUGUAUUUGAUUAAUGUGGGGAAUCAAUGCUCACUUUAAGAAAGUUGAAUUGUGACAUUUAAAAAAGAAAAAAUCUGUUAAAAUUUGCUACAACAGAUUAGUCAUUUACUAAAUAAAUCUGAAGAAGAGAUUGAGAAAGUAUAAAGCUGUCACAGCAAUUGCGGUUGUUCUCCUCCAAAUUCCACCUUUACCUCUGGGUGUUGGAAGGGCUGGCAGAGUCCAUGUUUUUGUCAAACUGCUGAGAAUGGUUUAAAAUUGCUUUAAUGUCAUUUAAAGGGACACUAUAGGCACCCAGACCAAUUGAUCUCAUUGACGCGUGUAGCGGAUAGCUGAUUUCCCACAGCUAAACUCCACCAAGUACUUUAAGAGGAUGCAGGAACACGUAAUAAAUCCAAGAGAAUAUCCAGCACAAUCAGCAUUACAAUCCAAUAAUAUCCCAUCACUUUCCCCAAUCACUGGACGACACACAGUAUCAGGAGUAGAACUAACUUUUAAUGGCAACAUUCCUACUUUUAUGAGAUUCUCCCAUGCAAGGGAGGGAUUUACCACAAUUAGUAAAUUAUCCAAUCCCAUCGACGUUACCUCCCACACAUCUCCUCCCCUUAGAUUAGCACUAAAUACAAUUAUACACAGCACAUUUUUCCCCACUUUUCAGAUGUACCCCAAAUAGGUGGAAUAUGCCCUUAAAUAUGGUACCCCCUGGUAGCCCUGAUCUUGGUGAGAAACAUAUCCGAAAAUCACCCAGAUCAGACCAGGGGUUCGGGAGUUAUGGGAAGGUAAAGUUUUGACCGACUGCAUGGGCAAAGUAGCCGAAAAUAGUUCCAUGAAAUCUGGCCCUGCGGUCGGUCUUCAUCCGUGCCCCAAAAGUCCCGAAUUGCUAUAACAUCCAUAGUGCAUUCAGUAACCGGAUGAAUCCCCUAGUUCGUGGGAUUCAUCCUACCGAACGCUGGGCCGUUCGUGGGUUUCCAUCCAUGCAUUCUGAAGCCCUGGAGGUCUUAGCAGUGUUCGGCUAGUCGAUUGUCCGUUUUCAGUUCCAGACACUCGACAACCAAACAUCGCUGUUCGCGGAUUUAAAAUGGCGGCCGCCACGUGUUCGGCUGCCGAAAUGGCGGCGGUUCGUGCGUACAAGGGAAUGAAAAGCAAUCAGGGAGGUAAAUUAUAUCCAUUAUACACAUCAGGGUGGUCCAGUUCAUUCGGUACUUUGUUCGUAUGGUGAAUUUUAGUCGUUCACAUGUCAGCUGGUAUUCCCAUACCGAACAAAGUAUGUCCAUACCUAGUCACUUAGAGUUUUGUGUACUCAAGGCACAGGAAAAUCUCUGCAGGGCCAACAAUCAAUAAAAGAAAUAGGACAGCCAAAAGGGGUUCCGCUACAACGUGGUCUGGGUGCAAUGUCCCUGUCCCCUUAGCCCUACAAUGUAAAACACGUUUUAGAGCAGGGGUGCCAAAAAGAUCCCCAGAUGGUUUUAAACUAUAGCUUCCAGGAUGCUUUGUCUUUCUAAUGCAUUUUAACCCCUUGGUGACCAGACUGUUUUUUAAUUUUCUUACCGGUAAGGACCAGGGCUGUUUUCACAUUUCUGCGGUGUUUGUGUUUAGCUGUCAUUUUCCUCUUACUCAUUUACUGUACCCACACAUAUUAUAUACCGUUGUUCUCACCAUUAUAUGGUCUUUCUAAAGAUACCGUUAUUUUCAUCAUAUCAUAUAUAAUUUACUAUAAAUAAAUUAUAAAAUGUGCUGAAAAAAACCAACAAAACACUUUUUCUAACUUUGACCCCCAAAAUCUGUUACGCAUCUACAUUCGCCAAAAAACACCGGUGCUAAAUAGUUUUUAAAUUUUGUCCUGAGUUUAGAAAUACCCAAUGUUAACAUGUUCUUAGGUCCUCCUGAGUAAAACAGUACCCCCCGUGUACAGGUUUUAGGGUGUCAUAGAAAGUUACAGGGUUAAAUACAGUGCUAGCAAAUUAAAUUCUCUGGACUUUCGGCCUGGUUGUCAGGCAGGUCCCUCAAACUGCAGUCAAUAAAAUUACUGAAUUAUGUAAAAAUAUUACAUACAUAUGCACGUAGAAUUUAAAUAUAUAUAUAUUUGUAUAUUUAUGAAAGUAAUUAUGUAUAUGGAUUUAUAUCCAUAUAUCCCAGGAAUUGUGUGUGAUGGGAUUCAGGUUUUAUAAAAAAAAGAAUAUUUAAAUUGCACGGUUUGUAAUAGUACGUUUCCCUUUCAGUUAAGCCGUCAGAGCCGGAAUGCCAGAUAGACGGAGAGCUGCUGGCAGGAAAAUCUAUAACCUUACUCUGCAACACAUCAGCUGGCACUGCGCCCAUCUCCUACCGCUGGCAACGGAUGAAAUACAGAGAGGACGUAACAGUGGCCAUGCCAAAAACCGCCCGCAUUGGUGAGAUCAAUACGUUUAUGCAGUAAAUCAUUUGACCUGUAUGGUAUUGUCUAAACGAGGCUCAGAAUUUCCAAUAACAAUUAUUUAACAAAAUCUACUGAAGAAAAAAAUUUUUUUACCAUUGUGUAAUGUGCAACACCUGCAAAAAUACUACAGUGAAAAACAGAAUUGUAAAAUAAUUUAUAUUGUUUAUAAAGUGUCAGUUAAUUCUAUUUAAUAUUGGAUAACUAUAACCACCAUGCGCGCUCUCACCGUAUUUAUUUGCACAGUUUAUUAUUGCACAUUACACUUGGGUGAAUUAAAUAGUUUCUAGUUACUUUGAUAGACCUGUAGAGCCGAGGGACCUGCCUAUUCUUUGCUUUUGUUGCCCCAGAAAGCCCAUAUUUUAUUGCCAUUAAAAUUCUCUAAUUAUUUAGUCUUUCACGAAGAGUUAAAUUGUAUCUAUGAUGCGAUUGGCUGAAAACAUCAAGUAGCCAAUCAGAAUAAACCUCAUGUGGUUGUUGUUUUUUUUUAUUAUGUAUCUCUCUGGAAUCGUUAAUGCUUACUUUGUGUAUCUGUCUAUGUAUGUGCUAGUUUAAACAAGAUGGCCUUAAUACUGUAUAUUAUUGUCUAUUAGAUAAUCCGCAGCGACUCAUGUUGCAGAAUCUCACCAUAGCUGAUAAUGGAUCGUAUCUGUGCGUGGUGAGCAAUGACGCGGGCAGGAGGAGUUGUAGCUUGCAUCUGAUAAUAAAAUGUGAGUAAAAUGGUGAAAACCGCCUGGAUUACCCACAGCUAGACGGCAGAUCACCGAUACACUAAGUUACAUUAAACUGUCAUUGAAGCUUUGGCAACUUUCUGGGCAUUUAGAUAUACUUACAGUAUAUAACAGGAAUAUUUUUAUAUUAUACACAUUUAAAGGGGUAUUCACUAACGGGAGAAUUGUCGAGAAUUCCAAAUAAAUGCAAAGUAAAUUUCUAAUGUAAGGGCAAUGCAAGCGAAUUGGAAACAUACUCAGAGUCAGCUAUUUCUCCAAAUAACUGGUUUAAUGGAUUUAAAUAAUGAUCAAUUCUAUAUAUCAGGGUUUCAAGACAAUUCUUCUUAUUCUAUAUUUGAUAUUUGUAUUGUGUAUGUGCAUGGCACUGUGUGUGUGGCAGUGUUUAUGUGCGUGGCACUGUGUGUGUGGCAGUGUUUAUGUGUGUGGCAGUAUGUGUGUGUGUGUGUGGCAGUAUGUGUGUGCCUGGCAGUGUGUGUGUGCCUGACAGUGUGUAUGUGCCUGGCAGUGUGAAUGUGCCUGGCAGUGUGAAUGUGCCUGGCAGUGUGUGUGUUCGUGGCAGUGUGUGUGUUUGUGGCAGUGUGUGUGCGUGGCAUUGUGGAUGUGCGUCGCAGUGUGUUUAUGCAUGGCAGUAUGUAUGUGCAUGGCAGUGUGCUUAUGCGUGGCAGUAUGUGCAUGGUUGUAUGUGUGUGCAUGGCAGUGUUUAUGUGCGUGGCAGUGUUUAUGUGCGUGGUAGUGUUUAUGUGCGUAGCAGUAUGUGUGUGCAUGGCAGUAUGUGUGUAUUUGUGGCAGUGUUUAUGUGCAUGGCAGUAUGUGUGUGCGUGGCAGUAUGUGUGUCUGUCUGGGUGUGUGUCUGUGAGUGUGCCUUGAAUGCAUACUUGUGUGAGUCUGUGAGCGUGUAUCCUGUGCACACGAUGAGUAUUUAUUUGCCUGCAGGAGGGUGCAGGCUGUAAGGGACCCCAAGAGUUCUGAUGACAGUCUUAUUAAAAUUAGAGAGUAGAUUAUGUUGCCUAAUAAAAUCUAGUCCAAAGCUCCCCCAAAUAUUUCAAGUUAUGUUAAUGUUAAUACGAAGAAUAUAUAGAAUGUGCAGUAAGCAUGUGAUCACGGUUUUGUUAUUUUGUGUCUCUGUGUGUAGCGGAUACAGUCAAUGUGGGAUUCCUAGCCGGGGUCACAUGUGGGGCUGUGGCAAGCGUCAUCCUCGUAUGUAUUGCACUCUGGCUCCUGUUUCGAAAGAAAGAGCUGAAGAAACGCGAAGAGGAUGAAUUCCUUAAUGAAAUUAGGUAAAUUAACUAAUAUUUUCAAUAAAGAAAUUUUAAAAACAACCAAAACAAAUAAAUGGUGAAUGGCAGCAAUACCUGGCUACACAUACUGUAUAUUAACCACACAAUGCCUUUCAUAAUUAUUUUGCUGGGCAUGCCACCACCCUGAUUGCUAAGAUAACAAAUGACACUUGCUUUUAGACUACAAAUGCUGUCGCUGGAAUCCCAACGCAUUCUUCAUCUUUCCAGCCUUGUGCAUAAGAGCAUUUCUGGGAAGCUCCCACCCUACCUGAGUAGAAUGCUCUCCCCGGGUGUCCCCACCUCCUAUAACCUCCGAUCCGGUACUAGCACGAUAUUUAGCAUACCGCAAUACAAAAAUAAAGUGGCUCGAUACUCAUUUUCCUACAGAGCACCGCAAUUAUGGAAUAACCUCAGGGACACGAUCACAUCUUCAUUCAAUCUAAAAUCGUUUAAGAGAUCUAUAGCAACAUACCUCCGUACAGAAUGCACCUGUCAUGGCUGAAUAUAUGUAUUACCUAUUAUGUGUUAAAUGUAUAUAUAUUAUAAUAUAUAUAUUGUAUUCUUUUUUUGUAAGAUUAUAUCGUACCCUAUUGUAACAAUGCAGUGUUUGUGAGCCCAGGACAUACUUGAAAAUGAAAGAAUCUCAAUGUUUCCUUCCUGGUAAAAUAUUUUAUUAUAAAUAAAUUACUCAUAUCCUCUUCCCACCAUCUCUCCCAUUCCCCGUGUUAAUGGCCGCUUACCUGGGUGUCUAGUGGAGGCCAUCGGAUUUUCUUAUCUCAGCGUUGCCAUCUGUUGCAGGUGUGAACUCUGCUUCUACCCUUAUCGCGAAAGAACUACAGUAACAGCGGGAUUCAAUGGAGCAGAGGACAAUCUUGUCCAUUAGAGGUUCUGAAUUAACAUCCCUUAAAUCCCUCCUUAGUAACACCCAUGGCAUAAACUUAUACAAAUGUUACAGACAAACUAUCCUGAAUUCAGCCUUGUCAUCUGCUGCAGUGUCCCUGCUCUCCUGGUGCCCCUGUGGAGCCCUUUAAAUCGUGUUUUUAUGCCAUGUAGAUAUGUGAGGUAAACGGGUCGCUUUGUGUUGGAACUAAUCAAUUACUUUCAAUGGGGAUUUAUUUGGGUAUUCAGUUUUAUUCGGGAGAAUAUUGCCAGAGAGCGUGUCUUAUUCUUUCAGAAUGCAAAUAAAGGAAUUUAAAAAAUACAUAUAAAUAAAAACUACUUUUACAAAGAAACCUUUACAGCUUCAUUGCAAUGUUUUAUUUUUUUAGUCAUUAUUGCUUCCUUUUUCUAAUUAUUGUGUUUCAUACAGGGAGGAUGCAGAGGCCCCCAAAGCUCGCCUUGUGAAACCAGGAUCGUCGUCAUCUGGUUCCAGAAGUUCCCGCUCAGGAUCUUCAUCCACGCGGUCUACAACCAACAGUGCCUCUCGCAGUCAGCGAACACUCUCCACCCAGGAAACAGCUCCCGGAGAGCCAAGGCACCACUGUCUGGACCAGAUCUAA